CUCAACUUGGUUUCGAGUACUUUGUCCUUUAAAGUUUAAACAUCUUUUUCAUUCCUUUCCUAUAUUCAUCAAAAGUCAUGGCAAACCACGGCAAUAUUCGUAUACUGUGUCUCUUGGUUCUUUCAUGCUCCAUUGCAUUGGCUUUUGAACCGAGCCCUUUACAGGAUUUCUGCAUAGCUGAUAAAUCCUCAUCAGCAGUUGUGAACGGUAUGGUUUGUAAAGACCCAAAGCUUGCUGAAGCCGGUGAUUUCUUCUUCACCGGACUCCAUGUACCAGGAAAUACGUCAAACACUCAAGGAUCCAAGGUUACUCCAAUCAAUGUAGCUCAGAUUCCUGGACUAAACACUUUAGGAAUCUCCUUAGUACGUAUUGACUACGCUCCAUGGGGCAUGAACCCUCCACAUACUCAUCCAAGAGCUACUGAGAUAUUGACAGUCUUAGAAGGCACUCUUGAAGUUGGCUUUAUCACAUCCAAUCCUGACAACAUUCUAAUGAAAAAGGUCCUUCAAAAGGGAGUCGUGUUUGUAUUCCCUAUAGGGCUCAUUCACUAUCAACACAAUAUCGGAUACGUCAAUGCAGUUGCAAUUGCAGCCUUGAGCAGCCAAAACCCUGGUGCCAUAACUAUAGCCAAUGCUGUUUUUGGAUCAAAUCCGGCCAUUAGCAGCGAAGUGCUUACAAAGGCAUUCCAAUUGGACAAGAACACUGUUGCUCUCAUCCAAGCAAAAUUCUGAAUGACAAACUGAAAGUGAUGAAACAAAAGAUCCAAGUAACAGUGAGUUUUCAUUAUUUGUACUGUGUAAGUUUAUUGAAUUUGUGUGUAUUCAUUUGAGAGUUUUCGUUUGAGAUUCAAUUAAUUUGUUUAUCUUCAGU